AUGAAGUACCAGAAGAGUUUCAGACUUCUCCCAUCAUGGAAGCCGUACCCGAAAAGAGAUCCUCCUUAUCUCGAUAUCGGUGAAUCCAAAGAUGACAUCAAAGAAGGAGACACGAAACAAACAGAUAGUUUUGAAGACGAAGAAAAACAUCAACAUCAUAAACUUUCGGUACCUGCAGAACUUCAAUCACCUAAAAUGAUCAUUGAGGAACAAAUGGAUAAAGUUGUUACGAAAAUGGAACCGCUCUAUGAAGAACCCAUCAUUGUCAAAAAGAACGAAAAUGACGGUGCUACAUUGAUUGAACGGGAUGAGGACAGCUGGUCGCAUGAAAAGGAAGAAGCUGCUAACCUUGUCAAGAAGGAAAUCGUUGACAAGUUGUUUAUGAACAAGAAGAACGAACAAGAAUUGUUGUCAGAUAACACAUCAGAAGCAAAAGCGGCAGAGGAAAAACCAGAAGCUGAGGCUAAAAAUCCCGAGGAGUUGGAUUUGAUCACAACUGGUACCACCUACCGUAUUCAAAUGAGUCUCUGUGGUGACUCGGUGUUUGGUAAAGACGAACAAGAAAAUGCACGUGUGUUUGAUGAGCACAUUUCAACCUAUGAUAAUUUCACACAUAAUCCCAACAUGUUGAAUGAUAAACGAUUGGUGUUCCGUUACGAAAACAGAUAUUUCGCAGCAGGCCAUACGGGUCCCUUGUUCACUUCCUUGUUUUUGUUUAAGAAACCCUUGGAAGACACUUCAGAGACUUCAGAGUCAGAUUCCAAAGUCUCGGAUAGUAGAGAAUCAUAUCAGUUUGGUAAAGGUUGGAGACAAUGGUUAAGUAGAUCUUCUGUUGCUGCUCCCACAGGUAUGAUCGAAACCGAACAAACUGAAGCAACACCGCGUCACAGCGAAGACACAAAUGCUGGACAAGAUAUCACCACAUUCACAACCACAACAACAACAACAUCAGUAGGUUGGUCUGCUGAUCAUGUUCAUCCAGGUCAAGAACAACCCGAAGCAUUUCCAGGACCUCGUAAAGUAUACGCUAAGACACUGCGUUUAACUUCGGAUCAACUGAAGAGUUUGAAUUUAAAGAAAGGUGCCAAUACCAUUUCAUUCUCUGUAUCUUCUGCUUAUCAAGGUACAGCAACUUGUGCUGCCAAAAUCUUUUACUGGAACUAUGGUUACUCUGUGGUGAUUUCAGAUAUUGAUGGUACCAUCACAAAAUCAGAUGCGUUAGGUCAUGUAUUUACCAUGAUUGGAAAAGAUUGGACUCAUAUGGGUGUUGCUAAGUUGUAUACAGACAUUGCUAAUAACGGAUACCAUUUCCUUUAUUUGACCAGUCGAGCCAUUGGACAGGCAGAUUAUACACGCGACUAUUUGAAAAAGGUAGCGCAAGACAAGUAUCAAUUGCCAGACGGACCCGUGAUUAUGUCACCCGAUCGACUCUUCACUUCCUUUCACCGUGAAGUCAUCAUCCGUAAACCCGAAGUGUUCAAAAUGGCCUGUUUAAGAGAUGUACAACGUUUGUUUGGAGGUCGUGACCCAUUUUAUGCAGGUUUUGGUAACAGAAUUACAGAUGCUCGGUCUUAUCGUAGUGUCAAUGUCCCCACCUCACGUAUUUUCACCAUUGACCCUUAUGGUGACUUGAAACUCGAACUUUUGAUGGGAUUCAAAUCUUCCUACAUUCACCUGAACGACUUGGUCGACCAAAUUUUCCCUCCCAUCAAUCGUGUCAUUGAUGAAGAAUACACUGACUGGAAUUUCUGGAAAUCACCUUUCCCCGAAAUCGAUAUACCUGAAUUGGACAUUCCUUUAGAACCCACUUCUCCAAAACCCAAACCCAUUAAACCUGAUCCAUCCGUACUUCCGUCUUCCUCUGUCGUAGCUUCUGCUUCUUCUUCUAGUCGUAGUUUACUCCGUAGUUUCACAUCCAGAUCCGAUUCCAGUAGCAGUCUGCAAAGUAACCGUAAAUUACAAUCUAGUUCUAGUACGCCUACCGUGCUGAAAAGUCCUAAAGUGUUAGCCAAUGACAAUGAAGUCACUAGUGAUCAAAAGGCCGCCGUGGUCAACACUGGAGAUGUGGAUGACAAUUCAAGUCUGCUAAGCACAAGCCCCCCUACCAGCGCAUCCUUAAUGAAUAAAGUGUCAAGUGGAUUUGGUGGUGUCAGGUCGACUUUAUCACGUACCUUUUUAUCGUCCAGUGAAAACGGGUCUUCAAAAUCCAUCAAGGAGGAUAUCAAGAAAGAAGAAGUAGCAGACGUGAAAAAGGAAGCCGAUGUGAAGGAAGACGAGGAGGAGGAGGAUGAAUCAAAGCAAGAUGUAGAUUCAUUAUUAGAUGAUAUUGAUAUGGAUGACAUUCCAUUUAUUUAG